AUGGAGACGAGGUUGGCGGUGGAGGGCAUGACGUGCACGUCGUGCUCAACCGCCAUCACAGACCGGCUGUCGGAGAUGGCGCAGGUGAGCGAGGUGGACGUGUCGCUCAAGGGCAACAGCGCGACCAUCCGCCACGACGCCUCCAUCUCAGCGCAGCAGCUUGCAGAUGUGGUGGAAGACAUGGGGUUUGGUGCCACCGUGAGCAGCACGCGCAAGGUCAGCAAAGCAGACGGAGGAGCAACGGAAGCAGGGGAAGCAACGAAACCAACAGAGGCGGGAAGAGGGUCGAUGAGGGCAGAGCAGCACGCCACAGCCACGACCGACGUGACACGGUCUGGUAUCGCCCAUGCGGCUGCCACCUUGUCCCAAGACCAGCCAGCACAGGCAGCCUCCACACCCACAGCAAAGGUGUCGCACAUCUCCGUUGAGGGCAUGACAUGCAACUCGUGUGUCAAGGCCAUCACCGACAAGGUGUCGCUGAUGGACGGCGUGUUGGACGUGAACGUGUCUCUUGCUGAGCACCGCGCAACCGUGCGCCACACCACAGCUGUGUCGGGCAACACCUUUGUUGAUGCGAUCGAUGACAUGGGGUUUGACGCAGCGCUGCUUGGGUCUGAGCUCUGCACCGCACGUACAAGCCCUGCUCCCACACAGACGCAGCAGCGACAGCAACGCAGUCCCAAGUCCACGACAGACAAGAAGGAAGCAGUGCCAUCACCGUCAUCAGCGUCCUCGUCCAGCAAGAAAGAGUCAUUGCACCUUCGCAUCCAAGGCAUGUCGUGCGCGUCGUGCGUGGCGGUGAUUGAGGGCCGCGUGCGCCGCCUGCCCGGUGUGUCCCAGGUCAACGUGGGGCUGCUCGCGGAGACUGGCGACGUGGUGUACGACCCGCAGCAGACGUCAGCGGAUGCCAUUGUGGCGUGCGUCACCAGUGCCGGCUUCACUGCACACGAAGUCGCCCCGCAGUCCAGCACCGUCAUCACCAUCAGCAUUGAUGGCAUGGUCGACUCGUCCUCCGCUGACACAAUCCAGAACCUGUUGUCCAGCAUGCCUGGAGUGCUGGAUGCGUUUGUUGGUCUCGGCACGGGGUCUGUCCAGGUCGAGUUUGAUGCAAACGAAACCGGCGCCCGCACCAUCCUCAGGGCGGUUGAGGACCUCGGCUACCACGCCACGCUGGGCAGCAGCGACAAGCCCGACUACACGCACCAGAGCUCUGUCCGCUUCUGGCGCACGAAACUGCUGCUGAGCCUGCUCUUCUUCGUCGCCGCCAUGACCAUCCGCAUGUGGCCCAAGUCGUGGGACGACGAGGUGGCCACGGGCCUCUCCCAGCGCAACCUGGCCCUCAUGGUGGUGUGCGGCGGCGCGCUGUUCAUUGCAGGGAAGCCGUUUCUCGUCUCCGGUGUGAAGUCGCUGCUGCACGGCGGCGCAAACAUGGACGUCCUCAUCACCAUCAGCGCUCUGUCGACGUACGUGUAUUCGCUGGUGGCGCUGAUUGUCUCUGCCACGUCGAACGAGCGGCACUCUGGCGAUGAACACCUGUUCUUCGAGACGGGCGUGAUGCUCUUUGCGUUUGUGUCGUUUGGCCGGUACAUGGAGCACAUUGCAAAGGGCAAGACCUCGACCGCCCUCUCGGAGCUGCUGUCGCUACAGCCAACGCAGGCGCGCUUGCUCUCCUCGCGAACGGGCUCGCCAACACACCCCAUCGACGCUACUGCUGACGAUGAUGAUGGCGAUGAUGAUGAUGAUGAUGGCAACGACUUUGUUGAUGUGAAGGAGGAGAUGAUUUCAACAGACCUCGUUCAACGCGGCGACAGAAUCAGAGUGCUUGCUGGCGAAAAGUUUCCUGUUGACGCGCGUGUCCUGCGCGGGAGCGGACAGGUCGACGAGUCGAUGAUCACGGGGGAAUCACGACCGGUGACCAAGGACAAAGGCGAUGCCGUCAUCGGUGGCACCAUCCUCAAGACGGGUGUGCUCGUGUGCGAGGCAACGCAUGUCGGGAAGGAUUCGAGUCUUGCGCGUAUCGUUGACCUCAUUGAGCACGCGCAGAUGUCCAAGGCACCCAUCCAACGCAUUGCAGACAAGAUUGCGGGCAAGUUUGUGCCCGGGAUCAUCCUCAUCUCUGUUGUGACGCUGAUUGUGUGGCUGUCGCUGCUUGGCUCUGGCGCCGUCAGCACGAGCGAGUCCACGUCCAAGAUGGCGUUUCGCUUUGCCAUCGCGGUGCUGGUGGUGGCGUGCCCGUGCGCGCUUGGGCUGGCCACGCCGACUGCGGUGAUGGUUGGCACGGGCGUUGGCGCACAGCACGGCAUCCUCAUCAAGGGCGGGGAGGCCCUGGAGACCGCACACAAGACGACGACGGUUGUGUUUGACAAGACGGGCACUCUGACCAUGGGAGCACCUUCCGUGACGCACGUGGAAACGUUCCCUUCAUCCAACGAAACAGCGACCAACACCAAGACGACCACCACCAGUGCAGGCGCCGCCAAUGCAACGGCAGACGAUGUGUUGCGCUUGAUGGCGUCUGUCGAGGUGAACAGCGAGCACGCCAUUGGUGAGGCGAUUGUCGCCCACGCCACCACCACCCUCGGCCGCGGCUGCAUUCGCCCCAGCAGCGACUACGAGACGGUGCCGGGCAAAGGGGUGCGGGCGGUGGUGAUGGGUCGUCCCGUUGCUGUCGGCAGCCCGGCGUUUAUGAAGGAGUGCGGCAUGACGCUGGACGCAGCAGCAGAGGCGGCGGUGCUGGAGUUUGAGGGCCGUGGACACACCGUCGUGGUGUGCGGGGCAGAUGGGGUUGCGCUCGGGUUUGUGUCGCUGUCUGACCGGUGCAAACCAGAGGCGGCGCGGACGGUGCAGGUGCUGCACGACGAAGGCGUUCGCGUGAUCAUGCUCACGGGCGACAACGAGCGCACGGCGAGGGCCAUUGCGGCGCAGGUGGGCAUCGAGACGGUGUUUGCGGGCGUGCUGCCGUCACACAAGGCAGACAAGGUACGGCAGCUGCAGGAGCAGGGCGAGGUGGUGGCGAUGGUUGGCGACGGCAUCAACGAUGCACCGGCCCUGGCACAGGCGGAUCUCGGCAUUGCGGUCGGCGCUGGAACGGAUGUGGCGAUUGAGGCGGCAGACGUGGUGCUGAUCAAGGAUGAUCUCAUGGACGUGUUUGUGGCCAUGCACCUCUCAAAGGCAACGGUGCACCGCAUCUACUACAACUUCAUCUGGGCUGUGCUGUACAAUGCCGUGGGCGUGCCCGUUGCUGCUGGCGUGCUCUAUGGCGCCGGCAUUGUGCUCACGCCCAUGAUGGCCUCUGGGGCCAUGGCUCUGUCCUCCGUCUCCGUCGUCAUGUCAUCGCUGCUUCUCAAGCGCUACAAGAAGCCGCCGCCACUUGGCUCCCGCCGCCGCUCGCGCGCGUCGUCCAAUGUGUGCUCGGUGUUGCUUGCAGGCAUCAUGCGUGUGUUUGGUCGUCGGUCUGCCGACCGCUCCUCCGUGCGCUACCAGCGGCUCGUGGCUGAGGACAUGGCGUGA